AUGUCAAUUCCGUCAUUGCAAGUUGGGUAUGGAAUUGUGCAUGGGAACCAAAAACUAGUUCGUUUUGACAACCUUCCUGUGCCAGAACCUCAAGCCGGAGAAGUUCUUCUUAAGAUCGAAGCAGCUGGCUUAUGCCGUUCAGACUUCCACAUUUUGAUAGUGCAAGACCCCAGGCUACCCAAAAAAAUGGUAAUGGGCCAUGAAGUGUGUGGGUCCAUUGCUAAAGUUGGUCCGUCGCUCAAAGACAAUGCUUCUUACCUGAUUGGGAAAAAGUUCGCUUUGGUGAUAGCAGACGCUUGUGGGACGUGCAGCAAUUGCCGAAAGGGGGUUGAUAACUUGUGCCUGGGGAACCAAGACAAAGCCUAUGGGAUCAGUCAAGACGGAGGAUUCCAGCAGUUCUUGUUGGUGAAGAAUCCACGGUCUUUAGUGGAAAUUCCCGAAAAUGUGUCGUUUGCAGAGGCAGCUGCCGCUUCGGACGCCAUUCUUACGCCUUUCCAUGCAAUCAUGAAGGUGAGACACCUCUUGGCUCCAACGACGAAAGUGCUUGUUUUUGGUGCUGGUGGUUUGGGUCUCAAUGCGGUACAGAUACUUGCCAAUUUCGGAUGUCAUAUAGUUGUGGUGGAUCGGAAACCGGGCAACGAGGAAAUUGCAAAGAAGUUUGGAGCGGCAGAGUUCUAUACAAAUGCUGACGAAAUUGCCCACGAUCCGGAAUCUUUCCAGGUCUGUCUCGAUUUUGUUGGAAACCAAGAGACUUCGGAUGGAUGUGUCGAGUACAUAGCCCCUGCGGGGAAAAUCUUGCUGGUUGGGUUGGGCAAAAUGCGCUUAAACAUCCCCAACUACGACUUGGCUCGAAGAGAAGUAGAGUACAUUUUCAAUUUCGGCGGAACGUCAGAGGACCAAGCCCAAGUGCUACAGUGGAUCAGCUUAGGUAAGCUUAAACCAUUGGUCACCACAACUUCGAUGGAUCAGCUUCCAGCUUAUUUUGAAAAAAUGGCCAAGGGCGAGAUUGUGGGUCGAGUUGCGUUUGUUCCAAACGAACGGCCUUCAAAAUUGUAG